AUGUAUUCCAUAAUGUUUAGCGAGGCGCUUCCGUCCCCGCCUCCUCUACCUGCGCCGGUUCGACAGGAGGCCGAGGGACUUAAGUUUCCCGUUUACCUACUUCCUAGUCUCUCUAUGCCAUUUCGCCGAAGACGACAGAGCUCGCAUUCGAGUCACGGAAGCCCAUCAGCCGAUACUCCGCCGUCUUUGAGUUCGUCUCCUACGGAUUCGAUAUCAAGUCCUACGAGGCGGCUAUCGAUACCUUCAUUCACUUUACCCACCAACCUUUUUACCAACUUUAGAUCUAAAGGGAGCCAACCAUCCCUGGCACCCUUAGAAGCGUCUAUUACACGAACACAACCUAACACCAUUAGGUGCUCUACAUGUGCUUCCGAUUUUGCAUUUGCCUCGCAAAUUGUUAGUAAGGGAUUCACAGGCCGUUACGGCCGUGCAUUUCUAGUUUCAGCCCAGGACCAACCGCUACGUAGAGGCAUGAAGGCCGGGGACCUUACUAACAUCAAGAUUGGCAAAUCAGAAACUCGUCUCUUAGUUACUGGGUCGCAUGUGGUCGCAGAUAUCUCCUGUACCGUUUGUCACGCCAAGGUGGGCUGGAAAUACAUAGACGCGAAGGAAGAGUCACAGAAAUACAAGAUCGGGAAGUACAUACUCGAGACUCAAAGAGUUGUCGUAUACCGAAACUGGGAAGACACCAAAGUUGGCGAUAUUCACGAAUUUGAAACCGACCAGGAAAACGUGCCAACGGAUGAUGAUGCAGAGCCCGUCAUCUUCGAUUCAGACGAUGAGGAUGAAUGUGAAGAUAUCUUUAUGGGGACAUGGAAUGCUAAUGUGGUUGCAAAGAGGCGAAGCCGGAAGGUCAAUCGGCGCCCGAAGAAGAAUGAUGGUUGA